AUGAAUCGGAUAUCAAUGAUUCUGCUGCUACUAUGCGGCUUCGUCGCUCUCGUCAGCGCAAACUCACCAACAUUCUGCAAAUGCACCUGCUUCAAAAACAGCACCAUCGUAGCCCUAGGCCCCCAAAAAGCAGACGGCGAACCACCAGGCAACGCACCUCCCUCUAUCCGCGACACCUCCUCCUCCUCGCUCCUCAACAAGCGCGCCGCCUCCUCCUCCUGCUCGCAAUGCACAAAGGCCUUUUGCCUCAGCCGCGGCAUCGACUUCUGCAGCAAGGCUAAAGACGAAGACGUUCAGACCAUGUGCUUCCAGCGCGACAGCAACAAGGACCGCGUCAUUGUGUGGGGGUUCCUGCUGGGCACAUCGGGUUUGCUGGGGUGGGCUGUGUUUAAGAGGGCGAAUGAGCUGCGGGAGGGGAAGAGGGCGGCUGAUGCUGCUGCUGCUUCUGGGGGGAGGGGGGAUUAUAGCCAGCUUUCGCCUGCGAGGCCGAGUUGA